UAAAAUAAGUUUAAUUUAUGAUGAACUAUUUUAAGAACUUCUUGUACAUGGAUUUGGAGUGAAAUGGGGGUUUUACCAUUUCUUAUUACGUUUUAUUUCCCAAUGGACUCUGUACAGGUCUUUUAAUUACAUGAUUAAAGUGAACAUUUUUAAUGGCUAGAAAAAAUGAAAAAAUAGUGUAAAUUAGUGAAAGAAAUGGUUCGCUUUGUGAAAUAAAACUUCCACAUACGUUUUGGAUAUUUAAAAGACGGACUUGAAAAAUAAUGGGUAUUUGCGAAGAGCCCAUAACAAUAGGUGCAGAGGACCUUUUAAAAUUUGAUAAUCUGGCACAUUGUGGGGAUAUAUAUGUUCAUUGUAAACGUAGGAUAGGUAAGAAGUGGAAACAGAGAUAUGUGAUCAUAUCCAAAGGCUGCUUUUAUGUUUAUCUUAGUAGAAAGGCUACAAAACAAGACCAAUCUUACUCAUUGAAACAAUUUGAAAGUGCAACAGAGUGUGUUCUAGAGAACGGUGAAAAAGGUUUUCGUCUAAAUUACACUACAAUGCAAAACCCAAUAUUGUUUUUGUGUGAUACCACCGAGCACAUGACAAAGUGGAUUCAACGAUUCCAAGAAGAAAUUUCUGAAGUGAAACGAUGGCAUUCCUGUUCAGCAGACAGUGGCUUUGGAAGCGCCGAGGCGACUGUUAUCAGAAGUGGACAAAAGACACCUGACUAUGCGUAUGCAAAGUACGACGAGGUCAAUGAAAGCUUUUUAACAAUGGCCACAUGUGUGCCUGUUCAGCCAAGUGAAGAUGACGAUGGAUAUGAGAAUUCGAUUGGCGUUCUAGUGUCAGAUGAUCCGUUGCGCGUGAAUAAAUCACCAGAUGGAGACAGAUCUACUGGACCUGCAGGAACAUCUGAAAAAGAUACACAUUCUCCGCCGAGUGAUAACCUCAUAAACGAGUUAAAGAAUCAUCUUGAAGGAGGACAAAUUAAGCAACGUUUAAAACCGAAAGCAUUGGUUAAACCAACAGUGAAUAGAUCGCCUGCAACUUCGCAUGCUUCAAUGUCACCAUUUAGUCGACAAGGAACGAACGCUUCUGAACUGUCAAUUAAUCACAUGCCGUCUGUUGAUCAAUCAUUUGUCUCAGUUCGAAGCGGAGCGAAUGAUUCUGUACCUUCAUGUGAUUUUGAAGAACAUCUGGACGAAAAUAAUAAUAGUGGCAAUACAUCGCCUAAAGUUCGUUAUGAAAAUCCAGAAACGUUACAAAGCAUGCCGAAGAAAACAUUUGCAAGAGAGGACUAUUUUUGUGCGGACAUAGUAAGAGGAAAAUGGUUAUUAAAAGAACAGGAAGUUGGUCACUUUGGUGUUUUCCCAGUUGGUGACAACCCCCAUGAAUAUGAACUGUAUAUUCAAACCCUUAAGGGCCUAAAAUGUUUCCGGAUAUAUUCUCAGAAUGGUCGGGUUUCCUUGGACAAGCUUCACGAGGCUUACACAUUUUCUUCCCUUGACAAACUCCUCUCGUUCUACAGUAUGCAUGAUUUACCUUCUAGAGAAUAUCAAGUGAAACUUCAGUAUGGAUGUUACAGUAGACGACCCUAGUGUUUCGAUUAUACGUUUUUAAAUGGCAUAAAUAAUCUUACGGACAAUGAAUAACUUGCCUAUUCAACGCAGAGGAAUCAAAUUUGUGUGUAUAUAUAUAUAAACACUGUAUCACUAAUACACAUAUGAACACAAUAUGUGAAGUUCUAUUGAACGUACUUUUUUGCAUUUACAAUUUGUUUUGCAUGAUGCCAACUGGAACAAUCAUUCGGAGAAAAAGUAAAAUGUGUGCAUUAUUCCACAUGAGCUGUAUAUUUAAUACAAGUCAAUUUUAUAUACAUUAUUAAUCAAUAUCCUUCUCAUGAACGAAAUGAUAGUUCAAUUAUUACAGAAAACGUUAUCAUGUUAUAGAAUCUUAUGUUUUUAUUUGGUACUCAAAUUAUUUUUUAUUUAUUCUUAGUUGCCUGUCUGCAACACCUUUAUUUCUUGACGUCGCAGAUUAUCGUUUUGCCUAUUAUUUUCUCUUUAUAGCAAACAUAUUUAUUUUAUCUUUAUAUAAUGGCAAAAUGUGCUACAUUUAAAGUUCCAUGAUAACCGCUGUAUGAACUUAUCUGCUGAUGUUUCUCAAUUCAAAAUUUUACCAUUGUUCAAUUUUGCUUAAACCGGUGUUAGUGGCAUGGGCUGUAACUUGCACUUUCCAGUACCGUUCAUGAACAGGCUAAAUCAAACGAAGGCUAACACACAUUUAACUCUGCCGUUUUUUAUUUGUAUUAAUAGAAGGUUGCGGACACUGAAGUAUCCAUGACUAAAAAGCUUUAUUAUGUCAUAUGCAUAAGUUUGAAUUUGUGAAGUGUAAAAUUGUUUUGAUUUUAAUAUUUUAUACGCUAAAGAUAGUUGUAUGUUAUUUAUAUAUAUUUUUUAGAUGUAUUGUAAAGAUAUAUUAUAUUAUGUAAAUAGUAUAUGAACUUUUUAUUGGCCACGCCGGUGAACGACGUCGUCUCUUAUGGAAUGCUUUUUAUUUUGGCCUAUGGAAGGAGCUGUAAUUAUAAGAAGUUAAUGUCAUGUUGUGUUAAUUAGAUUUUAUUGAUUCGUUAAAGCAAGUUAACAAAUAUGUUGCUAUAUUUGUAUUUAAUAACUAUAUGUAAAAAGCAUGUGCAUUGUGAUAUUAUUUUCACGAAAUUGCAGGCUCAGUUUAACAGCUUGUCCCUUAGCUUUAUUGGCAAUACUAAAACCCGGAUUUCGAAUAAUGGUGUGGUCUACAUUGAUGCCGUAUUCUUUUUCAUUCAUUAAAAUUGUUUUCAAAAUGUUCAUCCAAGAAGAAAGUUCACGUGCAAAUGAGUAUUAGGAUUGGUAAUGGAACUGUUGUAAACGAUUAUCCUAUUGAUUUUAUCCAUAGUACGUUUAUCUAUUGCACAGAAUGAUUGUUUUUACAAAGUGUACCAGUAUCCGGAUGUUGAAAGCUAUCCGAGUUUCUGCAAUUACUGCUGUCACAUAACUAUCUAAUUUUUUUAUGAAUACUUUACCAGAGUCUGUAACAUUUCAUAAUUUUGCUGUUUAUGGUGUUCUUUUGGGUUUCAUGUUUUCUCCUUUUUAAGGGGAAGUUAUUCAUGUUUACUAAAUUAUUUGUUCUUUUCUGUCUAUCUUAGGUAUUACUUACUAUUUUUGUUGUAUAAAAUUUACCAGUUGUAAAGUCAUCAAAGGCAUAGAGGCCCUGAGGGGUGAAUAUUAAUAGAUUUUUACUGGCUUUAUAUACAGUAUAGACUGGAUUUUUCUAGUUUGUUCAGUAAGUACAUACCUACAGGUAUUCUGCUACAGGAAUCUUCUAAUCACUAUGUGAAACUAAUUAUUAUUUUCUAUGUGUUUGUAUAUAAAUUGUCUAUCAAAUAACCUUUGGUAAAAAUGAAAGUUGGAAAAUUAAAGCUAUACAUAUAGGUGCUCAUUUCCAUAUAUUGAAACAGAGAAAGAAUAACAUCCUGAAAUUAUCAAUUUUAAACACUUGAUAUACAAUGUAUAUGCAGUUAGUUAUAAAGUAAAGUCUAAUGGAACAGUAUUUGUUACUGUAAGAGAUAUGCAUUUAAUGUUUAGACACUCACACAACUCAAUCUUUAUUAUAUGAUAUAGACUAUUUGAGAUUUUUUUACUUUUAUACUAUACAUGUACAUUAAAGUUUUCUUUCUACAAGAUUAUAAAUGUUCCAUCCAAGUACCAAUGCUAAUAGGAUGUUAUAUUCAUUUUUAAUGGAAACUGUGAAUUAUUAAUUUUAUGUGCAUAUAUGUAUAUCUAAGUAUAUGGAUAUAGUGUGACUUACAAUAUUUCUGUAUUUAAAGACUUACAGUUAUGAUGGAUGAGAUCUGGGCUGCGUUUCAUAGAGAGUCCUAAGUAAAUCCUAAUUCCUAGGACUUAUGACCAACUUUAGGAGAAAAAGUUUUUGCACUUAAGACCGUUUCACGUAACUGUCCUAUCUUUUGUCUUAAACUUAAGACUUAUGACCAAUUCGCUCUCCUGAAAAAAAAUACAAAAUAUAAUGGCACGCGCAUAAUCCCGGAUUGGAUUUACUAUGUAAUUUGUUAUAGCAAGUAUAAAAAGUAAUGUAUUGCCUUCUUAUCAUAUUGAGUGAAAAUAUAUACCAUAUUUCACGAAAAACGAUAAAAUAACCAUUUUAUUUAAUUUUAUAUUAAAAAAAAAAUAGUUACCAACCCCUUUGCUUGCUACGCAACUGCAAUUGUACAGCGCGCAGUAAUAUUAUUAUUUAUAGACUCGUCUUGUUUUGCACGCGAUAUUUGGCGCUACAUUGUGACGUCAUGUAAACAACCCUUUAAACGUCUGUACAGCGUUAAUGACUGAAUUAAAGAUAUUGGUGUUCGGAUUUAUUUUCUUAGUUAGACCAUUAUCUAUCAUUCUAGAUAGUUUUCAAAACAAAAUUCAACAAAAAAUUGUUUGAUUUUGGAGUGGUUUUGACUUAGGACAAUCUUAGGAUACCUUUUAAACACUCCUAGACUUAGGACUGUUUUUGGUCAUAAAUUUAGGAGUCCUAAGUUAGGACCUUUUUUAAGACUUUCUUUGAAACGCAAAAUUGUCACAAUUUUUUACUUAAGACAAACUUAAGACUUAGGACUCUCCAUGAAACGCAGCCCAGCAUUUGAAUUUAUAUUGAAUGAUUAUACAGGUUUUGAUUGGUCUACAGGUUAUAUGUGUAUAUACCAAGUGUUGUCUGGCUAUAAAUAGUAUCUAUAAUAAAGUUUAUACAUUAAUGAUAGUUUUCUUUCUACAAGAUUUUGAAUUCCAUCCAUUAUUACCAACGUAAAUGUUGAUGUAAGGAUUUCAUAUUUAUUCAAUAGAAACUGGGAAUUGUUAAUGUUAUGUGCAUACAUGUAUAUCUUAGUAUAUGGAUAUGAUAAGACUUUUAAUAUUUCUGUAUUUAAAGAGUUACAGUUAUGACAUUAUUAUUAAAUUGAUGGAGGACUUUCAUUUAAAGUUUUAAAUGAUAAUACAUGUAUUGAUAAGUAUACAGGUUAAAGGUUUAUACCAUUGUUAGCUGGCUAAUAAUAAUAUCUAUUAUACAGUUAAAGGAAUCUUAGCCUGGAUGUUGUGGUUUAUCUUCUGCACUUGUGAGAUUUGGCAGGCUACAUAAUGACCUAUCCAGAAUUGAGGUUAAUUAGUGUCCAUAACUAGUGAUGGCAGGGUCCAUGGUGCAAUUCCACCGGACAGUUGCAUGGCAAUAUAGACAUAUAUUCCACACUCUCUGUGUAAGUAGGUCAUUACUGGUCCUUUAAGGGAAGAAAAUGUCCUUAAAUUUGGAUCUAGC